CCAGCGGACAGCCAGCCGGUGAUGCAGCCGUCCAGACACUCAUCAGGCGUCGACUCCCGACGGCAGGAAGACCAGAGGAACCCAAGUGCCAUGCUCACAGCUCCUCGAGGGAAAAACCUCCAUGGGCGGUACCUGGACUGGGAGCAGGACGACGGGCAGGCCUUCUGCCACGGGGGGUUCCUCUACUCCAGGGAGCCUCCUGGUGCCCGGGGGUGUGCGGUCUUCCUGCAGAUCACCCACGAGGCCGGGCCGACACGGAGUGACGAGCAGCUGAGGCUCUCCAACUCCGUGCUCCUGGUCCGGGACCACUACCGGACCCCCGUGGCCCUGCUGUCCUCGGUGGACUCUGUGAGCUGCAGCCUGACCCAGUGGAGCAAGACCCUGUACACCGGCCUCUUCUCCCUGGAGGAGCUCGGCGAGCUGCACGUGUCAUCCUCACACCCCCACCUCAUCGUGGAGGCGGAGUCUAAGGUGUUCUUUGGCGCCGAGCUCCUCGUGUCCGCCUGACUGCAGGUCAGAGUCCAGGUCCUGCGGGUCAGAGUCCAGGUCCUGUGGGUCAGAGUCCAGGUCCUGUGGGUCAGAGUCCAGGUCCUGUGGGUCAGAGUCCAGGUCCUGCAGGUCAGAGUCCAGGUCCUGCGGGUCAGAGUCCAGGUCCUGUGGGUCAGAGUCCAGGUCCUGUGGGUCUGGUGGGUUCUACUGGGACCAGACCCCUGCUGUGUUGAUGUUCUUGUUGUCUGACUCUCAGCUGCUCCAGAGACUCACGAUCACCACGAGAGACGAGUCUGGUUAUUUAUUCUCUUCGUUGGUGGGGUGCACACUGUGUGUGCGUGUGUGUGUGUGUUGUACAGAGUUUGUAAAAUAAAAACAUAAAUA